AGAUCCUAUAUAAAACUUAUUUUUUUAUUCAUAGUUCUGCCGUUGCAGCUCCACAAAAUGCCAACAGAACUGUCCAAACAAGUGCCUUCUGAACUGUCCAAACAAAUGCCUUGAAGACUUGAAAUUGGAAACCAGGACACGCCAUGACUUUCUACUCCUCUGCCUUUUUUGCUUUGCUUUCUUUCUAGUUUUCUCUGUAAUUAGUUCCCCAGAGAUGGUGACCAACUAAUUCUUUAUUAAAAAAUCCCAAAUAACAGUAUCAGAGGUAGUGAUUACUUCUCAAUUCUACAAUUGUGUCUGAUUCUCUAUUGGCCUGGUUUUUCUUUGUUUGAAUGGCGGCAAUACUAGCUUCACACAGCUGUAAUUGCCGUAAUGUUGAUUUAAUGAAUCAAGGGAGGACAUUGGAGAAUCUCAGUUUCUCCACUUCAAUAUCUAUUCCAUUUGCAAAGUUUGAGAAGCCAAUAUGCAAACUACAUUCAAGGAAUUCAAAGUUUCAAGUGCAAAUGCGUCAAACUGAAUCACCUGCCUCAAGGUCAGGAGACAGUGGCAAUGGACGAGCUAUUAAAAUGGUCCCUGUGAGUGAGGUGAUGAAGAGGAAAACGCCCAACGGUAAGGAAGUAAACGUAGUGAAUGGUGCAAAGCAGGUUAAUGGUACAAAGCAGGCUGUUAAUGGAGUAAACAUUAUUAAGAGAGAAUCUGGUGCUGGCCUUGUUAAGACAUCAAGAUAUAGACAGACAAACAAAUUUCCGCCAUUGGAGGAUUCAAAGGUUUUGCCCACAGAUGAAGGUUUCAGUUGGGCUAACGAGAAUUAUAACAACUGGCAGAGGACUAUUGAUGUUUGGUCCUUUGUUCUUUCUUUGCGUAUUCGUGUUUUGUUUGAUAAUGAAAAAUGGGCAUAUCUGGGAGGCUUCACAGAAGAGAAGCAGAAAAUUCGAAGGCGAAAAACUGCUUCAUGGCUACGGGAGCAAGUAUUGCAGCUGGGUCCAACUUUCAUCAAACUUGGACAGUUGUCGUCAACAAGGUCAGAUCUAUUUCCUCGAGAAUUUGUGGAUGAGCUAGCCAAGUUGCAGGAUAGGGUCCCUGCAUUCUCAUCAAAGAAGGCGAGAAGCUUCAUUGAGAGCGAACUGGGAGCUCCCAUCAAUGUGCUGUUCAAGGAGUUUGAGGACCAACCAAUUGCAGCAGCUAGUCUUGGUCAGGUGCACCGUGCUAUCCUACAUAAUGGAGAGAAAGUAGUUGUGAAAGUUCAAAGGCCUGGUCUCAAGAAGCUUUUUGACAUUGAUCUGCGUAAUUUGAAGCUAAUUGCAGAAUAUUUUCAGAGAAGUGAAACUUUUGGUGGUCCAUCUAGGGAUUGGAUUGGUAUAUAUGAAGAAUGUGCCAAGAUUUUGUACGAAGAGAUUGAUUAUAUUAAUGAAGGCAAAAAUGCUGACAAGUUCCGCCGAGAUUUUCGGAAUGUUAAGUGGGUCCGAGUACCUCUGGUAUUUUGGGAUUAUACUGCCAUGAAGGUGCUGACAUUGGAAUAUGUACCAGGUGUUAAGAUAAAUCAACUAGAUGUGUUGGAUUCACGAGGAUAUAAUCGUUCUCAAAUUUCCUCGCGAGCAAUUGAGGCAUAUUUGAUUCAGAUUUUAAAAACUGGGUUCUUUCACGCGGAUCCUCAUCCUGGAAAUUUGGCCAUCGAUGUGGAUGAAGCAAUCAUCUAUUAUGACUUUGGCAUGAUGGGAGAGAUCAAGUCCUUUACUCGAGAGAGGUUACUUGAUCUUUUCUAUGCAGUUUAUGAGAAAGAUGCAAAAAAGGUUAUGCAAAGCCUCAUAGAUCUUGAAGCGCUGCAGCCCACUGGAGAUUUGUCAUCGGUAAGGAGGUCUGUACAGUUCUUCUUGGACAACUUGUUGAGCCAGACACCUGAUCAGCAGCAGACAUUGGCUGCGAUUGGGGAGGAUUUAUUUGCAAUCGCUCAGGAUCAACCUUUUCGGUUCCCGUCAACCUUUACAUUUGUUAUUAGAGCAUUUUCAACGCUUGAAGGUAUCGGCUACAUUCUUGAUCCAGAUUUUUCCUUUGUGAAGAUUGCUGCCCCUUAUGCUCAGGAACUUUUAGAUCUGAAAAGCAAGCAACAUACAGGAACACAACUGGUUGAAGAAUUAAGGAAACAAGCGAAUGAUGCCAGAAGUUCUACCAUGUCCAUGCCAUACAGAGUUCAACGGAUAGAAGAGUUCGUGAAACAACUUGAAUCAGGAGAUUUAAAACUUCGAGUUCGGGUGCUCGAGUCAGAAAGAGCAGCUAGGAAAGCAACAGUCCUACAAAUGGCAACUAUGUACACAGUCUUGGGGGGUACCCUACUAAAUCUUGGGGUAACCUUUAGCAGUCAAGGCAGUCAAGUUAUUGCAAAUGGGUCUUUCAUUGGUGCAGGAGUUUUCUUGACACUGCUUCUAAGGUCAAUGCAAAGAGUGAAGAAGCUUGAUAAAUUUGAGAAGAUGAUAUGAUUUCUGACCAAUCAAUAGAAAUGUAUUUCACAUAUAUAAUAGUUUAUUAUCUUUGAUUUAUAGUCAUUCAAUUGUAUGAUUUCCAAGCAAAAAUAAUUAUUUUGCAUGUAUAUGCAAAAUAGUUAAAAAGGGAAAAAUCCCUCAUUGAUAUAAGAAUUUCGUUUUCAUUUGUCAAAA